GAACAUCUCGGGGCAGCUCCAGUCUUUCUUCUGUAACCACACCCACAGGCGCAUUUCUCGACGCUGCGCUUCUCUACCUGUCGACGGGAUCCAAAAAUCUAUGCGUUGAAGCACUAAAACGACAUCAGAGCAUCGAGACAUUCACCGGAAACAAACGUAGCCGCGUGUCUUUCAACGAGGAAUGGACUAACACUUUUCCCUGGGUCUGAAGAUAAACGACUACCAGCGAGAGAAGAAUCCCAGAGAAGGCAUAUUUGACUGCCAGCCAAGGACAUGGACUGGAAGACCUUCCAAGCCCUCCUCAGCGGGGUGAACAAAUACUCCACAGCGUUCGGCCGCGUAUGGCUGUCUGUGGUGUUCGUCUUCAGGGUGAUGGUGUACGUGGUGGCGGCGGAGCGAGUGUGGGGCGACGAGCAGAAAGACUUCGACUGCAACACCAAGCAGCCCGGCUGCGCCAACGUCUGCUAUGACCACUUCUUCCCCAUCUCCCACAUCCGCCUGUGGGCACUGCAGCUCAUCUUCGUCACCUGCCCGUCCUUCAUGGUGGUCAUGCACGUGGCGUACCGUGACGACCGCGAGCGCAAGUACAAGGCCAAGCACGGCGAGGAGAGGAAGCUGUACAAAAACACGGGCAAGAAGCACGGCGGCCUGUGGUGGACCUAUCUGAUCAGCCUCUUCGUAAAGACGGGCAUCGAGGUGUCCUUCCUCUACAUCCUCCACCGCAUCUACGACAGCUUCUACCUCCCCAGGCUGGUUAAGUGUGAGGUGUCGCCUUGCCCCAACCAGGUGGACUGCUACAUCGGCCACCCCACUGAGAAGAAGGUCUUCACCUACUUCAUGGUCGGAGCUUCGGCCCUCUGCAUCGUCCUGAACAUCUGCGAGAUCAUUUAUCUCAUCUCCAAGCGCAUCGUGCGGUGCACGAACAAGGUGAAGAGGCGCAAUCGGGACAUGGCCACGUAUCACGACAAGUACAAUGACGACCACUUCAACAACUGCAGUGACACUGUGAUGAGGCCGGAGCCGGAGUUCAGGGCGCUGAAGGAAAAUCCUCCGUCCUUCAGGAGUGCGUACAAGGCUUCCUCCAGGCCAUCAGCGCUCAUACUUGAGGAGAAGAUAAGGGCCUCCGCUCCGAAUCUGUCCAUUUCCUGAUCGAGAUUUGGAAUCGGGCUGAAGAGCAGGAGAUCGGCAGUGCUUGGGCUGGAACCCAACAAACAAACCUCUGAAAACAGACUCAGAACUCUGAGCCAAACGACAGUGUGUGUCAGGAAGCUGAGUCAUCCGCUCUGGGUUCUUCCUGUGGGCCCCUGUGUCUACGUCUAAGGCUCUUUUUGAGCGCCUGAACUUUGGUUUCCAAGUCAACAUCCACAAUAUUUACAAGUCAGCUAGAGCCAAAUUGAUUUGUUAUCGAUGUGUCAGCUUUUUAUUCGAAUACAAUACAGGACUGUGUGCCUUCUUAGCUUCACCCCUUCACUCGCACAGGAACAUUCCAGUGAGGUGUCUCGGUCUUUCUUGUGAUUGGAGUCUUAGCACGGGAGGGGAAGGAAAGUCACACACGAAGGCAGGACACACCUGGCGGAGGUAUUCACCCUUGCUGCCAGUGUCUACAGUGGAGUGUCAGGGCGCUCUGUUGUCUUUGAGUGUUAGCUGUACAUUUCAGUGAUCUCGCCUAUAAUAUAGCUUCAUCUUCUCUACCUAAUGUCAGGUCAUUGGAGACUGGUUAACAACGACACACGACAAUGACUUGGAGUGUGAACACUCCGAAGUCAUACACUUAUGGCUGAGUAAUACUUGAAGGGUUGAAAACUGGCCAAAAAUAUUUUAUAUUUUUUACUGCAUUUAUUUUCUCAGAUAAGGUUUUCCAUAUACUGUAUCACUGGUAUAUUUCUUCAUCUAAUUCCUUGGCAGGUAUAUACUUGUUCUCAGGUUUAUUCUGCACAGCCACACGUUGUACAUAGACUGCCUCUGUUUAGACGUGCUUGUACACAAACCGGCCUCAUCCAAGACCACUGUUGAUUUAAAUAAAGCGAAGGGAAUGCUGCUGUUUAACCCUGUGCUGUUAGAGCUGGAGCUCAGUGGAGGAGGUGGGAGGAAGGCUGGACAAAUCAGUGGCUCAUUGAACAAUUAGUCCAGAGUUGUCCACUGCGGACGUCAGGUGGAAAUGUAUUUUCUGCACUUGUAAAUAUUUUAAAAAAAAAACAAAAAACAUACACAUUUAAAUAUAAUAAAUUUUGAAUGUGUGUUUCUGCUCUGUGUUUUUUCUUGUUAAGAUUUUUAGCAGAAAAAAAACCAAAUACACAAUAUAAUGACAGUACACCAGAGGUUACAGAAAAAAAGAUGUAAAUAUAAUAUACUUGCUUAGAAUAAUCAUCAGUCAUUGUUUACAGGAUUUCUCUAUUUCUUUCUAUUUCUGCUGCUUUACACUAAUAUACACUGUGGCAGCAGAUAGAGUACUUAUAGUCACUACAUUUGUUUGAUAACUUGUUUGAUAACUGUACUUAUUGUAAGGUGCUCUGGACAAAAGCGUCUGCUAAAUGCCCUAAAUGUAAAUGUUAAUUUACUUUUAGUUGUACUUUUUAUACUUAAGGACAUUUAUUGCAAAAAAUUAAUCUUACUAAAGUGCAUUUAUGAUGAAGUACUGUAAGACUUUUCUACUCAAGUAUGACGGGUAGCUUUUACAACACUUCAUACAUUGCUUUAGUGUUCUACUGUUCUAGUGUUAGAUGUUUUCCCAGAUUAUGUUCCCAUUUUAGUUUAACUUUAUCCAUGCCAGUGCAAGAGAGAGACAUAAGUCUGUAAAUGUGUAUGCUGAGUCUU